GGAACUGGGUGUUUGUCCGUCGUGGGGGCGCGGUGGCCAGUGAGCGCGUCAUCGGAAUCGGUGCCUCUGGGUAGUCGUCAGGUACCGAGGGCCCACCCCUAGGGCACACUUGUUGAGGCGCCCGAUUCCUCUCCCCGCGGCCGAACGUUCCCGGGCUCAGCCCUCACCUCCGCGCCCGCGCGGGCCAAGGGGCGGCAGGCAGGAUGGAGUUCAAGCUGGAGGCGCACCGCAUCGUCAGCAUCUCGCUGGGCAAGAUCUACAACUCGCGGGUCCAGCGCGGCGGCAUCAAGCUGCACAAGAACCUGCUGGUCUCCCUGGUGCUGCGAAGCGCCCGCCAGGUCUACCUGAGCGACCCGUGCCCCGGUCUCUACCUCGCGGGCCCCUCCGGGACCCCGCUGCAGCUGCCCGGGGAGCCGGCGGCCGGGCCCUCCGCGGGCUGGGGAGAGCCGCCCCCGCCGGCCGCCCCCGCCGCCUGGCCGGACCCCGAGCCGCAGCCAGAACAGCCCGCGGUCCCAGACGCGCUGCGGGCGGGCGACGCUGAGUCCGCGGCUUCCGCGACCGCUUCCAGGGACACACUUCAGGCCGGAGAGGCGGCGGCCGGGGGCACGGGGGGCCAAGCCGGAGGCUCGGACGUCUUCCCCCAGGGGCCCCGAGAGGCUCGUCGCUACUGUGGCUGCCCUCCCGGGGGGGAGGACAAGCCGGGGGCGCCGGGCGCGUCUCCCCACGGUGACUGCUGCUGCGCCGAGGACGAGCCCCCCGCGCCGCCCCCCGUCUGCCCCCGGAAGCGCAGCGCGGCGGGGGUGGGCGGCUGUGGCCCCGCGGGCUGCCCGGCGCCCGGCUCGACCCCUCGGAAGAAGCCCCGCCGGGACUUGGAGGAGCAGCCCGGCAGGGCGGGGGAGGAGGAGGAGGAGAUGGAGACCGGGAACGUGGCAAACCUCAUUAGCAUCUUCGGCUCCAGCUUCUCGGGACUCUUACGGAAAAGCCCGGGGGGCGGCCGGGAGGAAGCCGAGGGAGAAGAGAGAGGUCCGGAAGCCGCCGAGCCCGGGCAGAUCUGCUGCGAUAAGCGGGUGCUGAGAGACAUGAACCCCUGGAGCACAGCCAUCGAGGCCUUCUGAACCCCCGUUCCCAGGCGGGCUGGAGGGUGAGCAGCGGGCGUCCGACGUGAGGGCUGGGCUUCUGGCCGCGAGGACGCCCCAGACCGCAGGCGCUGAGCGCGUCGGGAAGACUGGGUGCUGCGGGGCCCACGGACUGCCCUUGGCCUUGGCGGCCCUGCUGGGUUGGCCUCUCACUUGGGACCUCUCUUGAGACUGGGGAGCGUGAGGCUUAUCGGAAGAGGACGACCGUUAAUUUGUGUGUCUGUAUAUGUUUGUGUAUGUAAGUCUGUCUUGUGAAUUAAGACUGUUUUUGUCCUUCUGGAAUGCAGCGCCCCUUCCCCAGGGUUGAGGAGAUCGGGGGCAGACAGGGACUUUCCUCUAUCAGCAGCGCCGAGAAGGAAGCGGCUGCCAGGGCCGGGGAGUUCCCCAUUCGUCCUCGAGGCAGGAAGGGACUUUACACACGUCCCUCGCACGAAAGCUAGAGCCAUACCAAGGCCAGGCGUGGCGUUUCCUCGCAGGAUUUCAUAAGACCAGAGUGCUUUAGCCGGGAGCAGAGACUUGUAUUAUCUCCCUCCCUCCCCAUCGUUCUCACUGAAGAAACGUUUAAGCCCCGUGAUGACUCUGGGAGAGGGGGAUCCUGGCUGCCCUUGUCUUCCCCGCAGGGAAAGAAGCUUGAUGAACUUCACAGAAGAGUUCAGGCUUGGAAAUAAUGGAGUUUAUAGAGAAAAGAUUGAACCUGGGGAAAGGAACUAAUGAUACACAACUUGAACUGCCCCUUUGAAGUGACUGCGUUUGCUCUAAGGUACCUAAUGCAGUGAUAAUAACCUCUCCAUUCCUACCAUUCAUCACUGGAUUUGGGGGUGAGAAGUGAAAGAGAAUGGGCCAUUUAACAACUUCGGUAGAAUGC